UAAGAGUAUUGCCGUCUUUGUUAAUCCGUAUCAAGUGGAGAUGGUGACAUACGAGUUGUUAAGAUGGCAGACCCUCGAUCAGAUAGCGUGAUAGUCUACUACUGACACUUUGUUUCGCUAUUCAGAUUCACUACUCGACUCCAGUAAACAUUUCUACUCCAGCACCCAUUCACAAUGUCUGUACAAGUCGAGACUCGAACAGCCGCCACACCUUUCAAUGGAAAGCUGCCCAAUGGGAACUUCGUGAAGGAAGUGCGGAAGAUCCCGGCCUCGCGAUGGAAGCCUAUGAUCCAUCCACGAGCGGAGGAGGUCGGCAGGGAGGUUGAGGGAUAUUUCCUUCAACAUUGGAACUUUCCUACUGAACGGGCUAGGACUAUAUUCCUCAAGGCAGGCUUUCCCCGCGUGACUUGCUUAUACUUCCCUCUGGCCAAGGACGACAGGAUCCACUUUGCCUGCCGUCUUCUUACGGUCCUUUUCCUGAUCGACGAUAUUCUCGAGGAUAUGUCCUUUGCCGAUGGCGAGAAGCUGAACAACAGAUUGAUCGAGCUGUCCAAGGGCCCGGAGUAUGCGACACCGGACAGAUCUGUGCCUGCCGAAUUCGUAAUUUAUGACCUCUGGGAGAGUAUGCGGGCUCACGACCUCGAGCUUGCUAACCAAGUGCUCGAGCCAACCUUCGUCUUCAUGCGAUCUCAGACGGACAAGAUCAGGUUAAGCAUCACGGAACUAGGCGAGUACCUGCGGUAUCGAGAGAAGGAUGUAGGCAAAGCCUUACUGUCGGCGCUUAUGCGUUUCUCAAUGGAGCUCAACCCGACGCCGGAAGAGAUGAUAGCACUCAAACCGCUUGAGGAGAAUUGCUCCAAGCACCUCUCCAUUGUCAAUGAUAUCUGGAGCUAUGAGAAGGAGGUACAGGCUUCCAAAACGGGCCAUAAGGAAGGCUCCUAUCUAUGUUCGGCUGUCAAAGUGGUGGCAACCGAGACAGGCCUCAGCGUGGCUGCCACCAAACGCGUGCUGUGGCAUAUGGUGCGCGAGUGGGAAAUGACACAUGAAGAUAUGUGCGAGGGCCUUUCUACCGGUAGCCAGGCUGUCAAGGACUACAUCCGCGGAUUGGAAUAUCAGAUGAGUGGAAAUGAGCUCUGGAGCGAGACAACACCUCGGUACUUGGAAGUAGAUGAGUAGGCAGUGAAGGCAUUAUUACCUCGCCGCAGCUAUUAGAGUAGCCUAGACUUAGAAAUGGCAUAGAGUAUUGUCGAAAUUGAUACUCCGAGUAAGAUGUCUU